AUGUGCAAGGGCGCCGAGCAUAAGGACCAAGACUGUGCCCAGGACAUCUUGACUCAGGACCUACUCCAGAUUGCCGCGGCAAACGGCUGGCAGCGAUGCUUCUCUUGCCGAAGAAUCGUAGAGCUAGAGCACGGAUGCAAUCACAUAAAGCGCAGUUCUGCUACUUAUGUGGCGACCGAUGGAAGACUUGCGCCUGCCCGCAGUGGAACGAGAAGCGACUCUACGCUUGCGCUAAUUCCACUAUGA